AUUUGACGUAUCUUCAAGGAACAGCUGUCCUCACCGUCGUGGACAUUGCAAUUUUUUAUCGGCGAAAUUACGAAUAUUUGUAUCAUUUGGCCUUCAAUCGUUUUCUAAUGUUUAUCUUUACUGUCCGGUGAAGAUUCAGUGCACCGACGAAAUUAAUAUAUUUGCCAAUGUUUGGGAAACGAGCUAAUCGCUUUAUUGUGGACUUGAGCUCAAUGCAGCAAAGCCAGGGACGAUCGCUAGACAAGUCAACGAAGAAAAAUGGGAUCGUGUACACUGAGGACGGUGUUCCUGUCUACACCCUUUACUUGGGAGAUAUUCCCCAAAAGAGAACAGUAAGCGAUCUCAAGACCUACUUCUCAAUAUAUGGCGAAGUCAAAUCUGUGCAUAUUGUCAAAAAGAACAAGGGGACAACUCGGGAUGGCGUAGUGUUUCAAUACGGCUUUGUUACCUUUGCCAAGGCGGAGAGUGCUGCAAAAGUAUUAGCUGUACGAAACCAUCCAGGAAUUUCAAAACGCUUAAAAGUGAAACCAGCUGACACUUGGAGACAACCAAAGGAUGCUCAACAAACCAAGAAAGUCGCAGAGCAUAAAGAAAAUGCAGGAGACGAUCCUGAAACUGAAUCCAAAGUCUCGAUAUUCUCCUUGAAUGAUGAUUGUCUUCUUCACGUAUUCUCCUUUCUUACCCAAGCCGAAGUAUUAAAACAAGCUUUCGUAUGUCAACGCUUCCGUGACCUUGUCGAACACAUGGUAAAAGCAAGUAGGCAGUUUGAUUUCAACGAUAUGCAUAGGAACUACACACUCAUGGAGAUUCGUCAGACACUUGCUUGGUUCGGCGAACAUAUAAAACAGUUACGCUUAAAACGAGCCAAUGAAUCCUACCGGCGAUACGUCGAGUUUGUUGGGAUGUUUUGCCAUAAUUUGGAGGAAAUUAACUUCGAAUUUCUCCGAAGCAUCCACAGUGAAACUUACAAACGCAUAUUUAGAACGUCAAGUCAUUUGAAGUCAUUGAUUCUGGAAGAUUGUGAUGUCAAUGACAGUAUUUGCUCCCUGAUCAGCACCCUCGCAGAACUAGAGACUUUAAAUUUGACGCAUAAUCGCGACAUUAGUGGGAAAUAUUUGAAAAAUUUAGAUUCUGUAGUGGAUCUUAAUCUAUCCAACUGUGAAAACGUAGAAGCGAGUCAUUUCAUCGACAUAUUGAAGGCGAUGAAAUUAAAAUCCUUAAACAUAGUCGGAUGCUAUCAACUGACCGACGAGGCAUUUGAUGUAAUGGUCGAGACACAACCCAAUUUAGAGCGAAUAGCAAUGAGCACUUCAUACCAAGCCAUUCACCUGGAAGCAGUUGCGAAAUUAAGUAGUCUAAAGCAUUUGAGGGUGCAUCGAGAUGGCACUCCAUACAUCGGGUCUGAGUUUUUACGUGAAUUGGCGGCACAUCGAAAGGACGCUUUAGAGUCACUAGAAAUAUAUAAUGUCACAAUGAUUAGCGAAGAAAAAAACCGUAGCCACAUACUUGAGUUCAAGAACCUAAAGAAGUUGUGCAUUGUACGCGAUCGGUCUCUCACAGAUUGCUAUCUGUCAGUUAUUCCGGGAAAUUGCAAGGAACUCGAAGAAGUCAACAUAGCUGGUUCACCGCUGGUCGAGGAAGCGGGUGUCCUGGACUUGGUGCAAAAUUUGAAGAAACUUAAGUUUCUGAACAUUUCGCAUAGUUGCAGGUUUUCCGAAGAUCUAAUACCACAAAUCUAUAACAUUUUAGAGUGUCGACAGAAAGAGACUGGUAAAUUAACUCCGCUGAAAUUGUGUAUUCAUGAUACGUGUAUCAAAAUAGCUAAUUUUAAGUCGGAAAAAUAUAAGGAGUACCGUAACGUCUUGACACUGUCAAAUGAAGCGGAUUAUUUCUGCCAGGAAAGUUACGAUGAAAUGAGUGAUGACAGCUUCAAUGAUGUAUUCGACUACUUCCACGAUUAUAUUGACUCAGACUACGAUACGCCUGACGACGAUAUCGACGGCAUCUUCUAUCAUGAUGAGGACUAUAUGCACGCAGACGCUAUCUUUUGGCUAUGAUUGUUGGCGCAGAAGGUGACAGACUCAUCAUUUUGCCGCCACAUAUUUGCUAAUGUUUUCUACAAUAUAUAUAAAUAGUUUUCAUUUAUUUAGUUCUCAUGAAUGUAAAUUAGGGUUUUUAUAAUUGAGUAAAUAUCGAAUACUACAAUCAUAAAUGUUAUUUUGCUGGUUGAGAAUUCGUUGCCUAAAAGAAACUUAAUAACGAGUUCUUAUUUUAUAUUUUGGAAUCCUUUUUUGUAUCUAUUUGAAUAAAUGGAAGUAACAUU